AUGGCGGACCGUGAGAGGAAAUCGGUGAGAAAAUUUUCUAUUUUUCUUCGCUAAAUCACCUAAAUGCGCUCUACCUUUGUGAAUCCUGUAGUUUUCAAAUGUGAAUUAAAAUUUUAAUCUACUUGGCUUUCUAUUCCUGUAUAAAUCUAUAAAAUCGGCGUUACAGUUCUUUUAAUAUUCUUUUUAUAAAUAUUUCUCCCAGACAAAAUGGAGUUGGGAUAUUCAAAAAAUUCCUUGUGCCAGAGAAUCUCUGAUACUUGGUAUCUCUUCAGGUUUGCUAGUCGGUGCUGCCGUGUUUUUAAAAACUAGUAAGUAUUUCAUUUGAUGCAAGUAUGAAGUUAUACGUAAUAUAAUAUUAAUAAAAUAUAGUAGCAGACAUUCGAUCGAUCCAACUACUUGACGUAAAAAUAUUUUAUAGGGAGACUGUUCAGUUCAUGAUUGUUCUUCUGGGAAAAAAAUAAUAAAAAUUAAGUCUUCUGAAAUGGCGUUUCCUGCAUUUUGAGAAUUAUUACAGUAUGUUGCUAAAAACAGUAUGUUUAUGAUUUUUUUACAAUAUUUCCUGAAUAUUCUGAAAAAUCGGGAAAAUUUGAUAAAAAUCGGGAGACCAGGAGAUUGCGUGAAUUUUCAGGAGACUCCCAGUAAAAUCGGGAGAGUUGGAAUGUCUGUACUAGUAUAAUACAAUUAUACAAAUAUUAGCAUUGCAUAUUUCUGGGGGGUGCACCCCAAAAAACAUUUCGCACCCCUCCUGCUUCAGCUUGCUAGGUGGCACUCACUUCACCUCCUGAAUUUUUGGCACCCCACCCCCUACCCCCCAGAGCAAAAUUUCAAAAUCCAUCAAUAUAAUAUCACAUUUUUGUUUGGUAGAAGUAGUACGGAAGGCAUGUGACUAUGCCGUUGGAACAUUUGCUGUUUUGUCUCUUACUUCAUGGUAAGCUAACAGAAUUUUACCGUGAUAUCAAAUAUUCUGAUACAGUUUAAAUUAAUUAAUAAUAUCUUAAAUCUCCUGACAAAAUACUUAGAAUCUCUGCACUGGCAUGAAUUUGCUAGGAGUGUCAACCCCUCGCCCUAAACAGAAGCAUCAUUAGUUUUUGGACCCCACUGGUAGUGGCCACUUGCACAUCAGCUUGAAGAAAAUGAAGCUAGGAUUUGUUCCUGGCUGUGCAUUAUCUGUGAUAAUCCUAGCUGGAACACCUUAAAACCAACACUUGUGGUGUCAUGAUCACCACACACCUUCCAAGCUGGGAGACCCACGUUCAAUCCUCUGUUGGACCUCUACUCAAGGUCUUAAAAUAAUUGAGGAGAAAGAGCUACCUUUAAAUUACAUUGACAUCAGUAAAUGGUUAGACAUUCACAUUUUCUUGGAUAAGGAUAUUAAAUCAUAGGUACUUUGGAUCUCCUAUCAAUACAUCCUUCUGGAAAGUAUGUCACUUUGGCUAUAGAGCCUUGUUUUCGUGUAUCAGACAUCAGGUAAAGACCGCAUCUCAAUCACGAAAACGAGACUCUAUAGCCAAAGUGAUGUACUUUCCGGAAGCGUGUAUUGGGAAAUAAUCCGCUCACCAAUGAGUGAGAAAUUCCAUGAAGUAAAUAAACUAAACUCAAUUUGUUGAUUUCAGGGAGAUAUGUUCUUACCAGCAUUACAGAGAAAGACAGAAAGUUAAAGAAGCUGUGGGCAUGUUGAAUGAAUAUGAAAGAAAGCGAUCUCAAGGCUUGGUCGAUGGAGAACCAACAGAAACUUAA